AAAAGCUGUUAGCAGCUCCUGUGGCCAGAAGCUCCAAAACCAGCAGAGUUUUGUUCUUUGGGGGUUUGUAAUAAGAGACACUCCUUCACAAAGGUUCCUGUCAUCAUAUAGGAGAGUGCUAUAUAUACUGGGAGAACAAUAGACUGUAUUCUUUUUUUUUUUCUAUUUUCCAGAGAUCUGUUUUCUACUGUCCUGACUUAAAGCAGAGUACCUCUGUGGCCUGUCUUUCUCCUUUGGCCCCAAAAUGACAGUAAUCGCUGCAAUCAGUUGUGCUUUCUUAUUUUCCAUUCUCUGUGAAACAAGUGCAUUAGUGUUACCCAACUCCACUGACCUACUCCAGUCAGACAAUAACUUCACUGACAUUGAGACAGCUUUGGCAGCUCAUCUGGACUCUGCAAAAAUUCCCAAAGCCAGGCGGAAGCGCUACAUUUCACAAAAUGACAUGAUUGCCAUUCUUGAUUAUCAUAAUCAAGUCAGAGGCAAAGUCUUCCCACCUGCUUCCAACAUGGAAUAUAUGGUUUGGGAUGAAACUCUUGCCAAAUCUGCAGAGGCUUGGGCUGCUACAUGCAUUUGGGACCAUGGACCUUCCUACUUACUUAGAUUCUUGGGCCAGAACCUGUCUGUAAGAACUGGCAGGUAUCGAUCUAUUCUCCAGCUGGUAAAGCCAUGGUACGAUGAGGUGAAGGAUUAUGCUUUCCCUUAUCCUCAGGAUUGCAACCCCAGGUGCCCCAUGCGAUGUUAUGGACCCAUGUGCACCCAUUACACACAGAUGGUUUGGGCCACUUCCAAUCGUAUAGGCUGCGCAAUCCACACAUGCCACAAUAUGAACGUCUGGGGAUCCGUUUGGCGACGAGCUGUUUACUUGGUAUGCAACUAUGCCCCAAAGGGGAAUUGGAUUGGAGAAGCACCAUAUAAAGUAGGAGUCCCAUGUUCGGCUUGUCCUCCGAGCUAUGGAGGUUCUUGUACCGACAAUCUGUGUUUCCCAGGAGUAACAUCAAACUACUUAUACUGGUUUAAAUAAGUUAAGGUUUACAUUAUUCUGAAAAAAACCCCAUGAAUGAGUAACAAGAAGCUUGUAUAUUGAAUUUUGCACAUAUUAUAUAUAGAGAGAUAUUGUAAUAAUACUCUGACGUUUUCUUUUUGUAUGCUUUUGUAUAAUUAGCUUUCAAAGUAUAGUAUAAUUUGGUUUUAACACUUUGGGAUUUAAGACUCACAUUAACCCUUUUAGAUUAACAUUUUGUUAAAGGAGAGCAAACUAAUUUUCACCUUAGCAGGUAUAGCUUCCUGAAGAUUAGGUUCUAUUAAAAGCACAUUAAAAG